AAAUUGUAUCCAUGUGACCUUAUAGUGCGGUCCACGUGGUGGAAAAUAAAGCAUGAAAUUCUCAUCCACUGCUUAUUACUAUAUUCAACCUCCAUUUUUCAUUUUUAAAAAAUAUAAUAUUAUUUAAAAGCAAAUAACGCAGAGAGGGGAAAGAGGAAAAAGUGAAGCAGAAGAAAAAAGAGAAGAGAAGAUGCAGUCACAGUGAUAGAAAUAGAAAUAAUAGAAAUAGAAAUAGGGGCACCAUUCCCGUUUCCAAAGGUCUCUCUCUGCCCUAACUCCGUCAUAACGGUUUGUGUUUCUGCGACGCGACGCUUUAACAGUAAAACAGACGCGACGUUUUGCUAUAUAAAGCGCCGUCCCUUUCUGUUUGUGUGUUAAACAGCAAGACGAUGACCAGUGCCGAAUUAUUUUCCCUCUUUUCUCUCAACUUCUAGUUUUGGAGAGGAAGUAGGAAUAGGAUUACUGUCCCUCGCUGGAAAUUGAGGUGGCUUGAGUUUUCUGUUACAAUUUUCUGUUAUCAUGGGAUCGGCUUGUUGUGUUGCUGUAAAGGAUUCUAAUAUCCCUAACAGAACUGGAGGUCAAAAUUUGCAUAGAGAUGUUGUAUGCUCACCAUCAUGGAGUUUUCGAUGGGAUAGUCGGGGGCGCGUUGCUGGUGAAAUUGAGAAUCCUUCCUGUCACACAUCUCAGGUGGUCAGUAGAAAUGUAAGCAUGGAGUUUAAAGGUUCAUUAAGUUCUGAAAGAGGUAAUUUAUCAGAUGGGGGAAGCAUCCUGGAGAAUUCUGUAACUCCCAUUUCUCUCAAGUCCCCAGUUGAUGAGACAUUGGUUGCAAAUCUGAUGACCCCUUCUUCUGAUCUGUCCAUGUCAAGCAAUUUUUCUACAGUGGUAAAAAAUCCAGCAGAAUCUUCAAUUCCAAAUCUUUCAUUUUCAAUACCUUCAGUUUUCUCAACACCUACAGCAGAUCGUUUGCCUAAUCAUAAUUAUCAUCAACUUCCCAACUCUACCCCAACAAGAUGGGCACAUCGAUCUCCAGGACACCCACUGUUGAGACAGAUUUCUGAUAGUAGGAUUAUGGGUCUGAAAUCACCAGACAACUCAAUUUCUGAAGGAAGGCCAUCAUUUGUACUCUCUACUUGCAGCAAUGAAAUGGCAGCUGGAUCCCAAUGCGGAUCAUCUGAUGGCUGGUCAAUGCGUACCUUUUCUGAGCUGGUGGCCUCAUCCCAAAGGGAAAGGUGGUCUUUUGAUAGUGAGUGUUUAGGCUCUGGUCGUCACAAGAUAAGUGGAUCCAGUAGCAGGUUCUCGUAUUCUCCCUCCAUGGAUCUACAAUCUUGUGGGGCUUGCUCAAAGCUUUUGACUGAGAGAUCAACAUGGAGCAACCAGAAGUUUAUUGCCAAUGGCGACCUCUCAGUUGUUGCUGUAUUGGUCUGUGGUCAUGCAUAUCAUGCAGAGUGCUUAGAGGCUAUGACACCAGAGGCAGAUAGGUAUGAUCCAACUUGUCCAAUUUGUAUGAUUGGAGAUAAGCACUUGACAAAGUUGUCCAGAAAAGGUCAUCGUUCUGAAUCAGAGAUAAAGGCCAAGAACCACAAGAUAUCCAGAAACCGUGUAGUUGAUAGCUACCUUGAUGGUGAUUUUGAUGUUUUUGAUCGCCAAAAAGAUACUGAAUUGAGAGGAAAUUUUUCAAAAAUGGAGCCUAGCUCCAGUGCGAGGAGCUCAUUUGGAAAGCCCUUCUUGAGGCGACACUUUUCACUUGGGUCCAAGUGGAGCCGAUCGCUAUCUGUGAAUGAUUCUGCCAGGAAGAAAGGCUUUUGGGCAAGAUAUCGUAAAGAUUGAGUUCCUUUUGCUAAACUCCAGUCAGGUUGAUGUGGUUCCGUAUGGAUUGUAUGAAUAUAACUUCCCGUGGCAAAUGGUGCUUAGCCAAAGCAAUGACGAGCACAAGGAGGCAGAAAAAACGUAUCCAUACAUGUGAAGAUGCUUCACAUAUUUAUGCUAACAGUGGCAGACUGCUACGUGCUACCAGCGACAGGUUUCUAAACUCAGACAUAAAAGUCCCAACGUCGGAAACUUAGAAUGUGUUACCCCCUUGUAUUUAUAUUUUCAAUGAAUAUAAAAAUGACAUAAUUUUGUUAGUUCAGUCAAGUGGAAGGAGUUAUGCCCUUGAGAGAGAGAACAAGGCGAAUCUAAAGAUUAUCAUUUGUCAGGCAGGAUCACCGAAUGUUGUAAUUGAUAAAUGUUACCUCCAAUCUGAUGCUUUGAAGUUAAGUAUGAAAGCUGGCGACUCCUUUUUCCUUCGUUUGGUUGUUGACAGCUGAAUGCUUGUGACUCCAUUACCUUUUCUCUUUCCUUCUUUUGUGGUUGUUAUUGGUAUGGUGAGAAAGCGAAGUGAAGAAAUUAGAUAGAAAAAAAAAUACUAAUUAUUGAAUCUUGCUUAUGAACCAUCAAUAUAUAAAUGUCUUAAAGGAGUCGCUUUAG